AUGGGGCCCUCCAGCCGGCGCGUGACUGUCAAGAUAGAGGCAGCAGCGCCGCAGAGCAGCAGCAACAGCCGCAGCAGCAGCAGCAGCAGCAGCAGCAGAACGGCUGAAGAGUCGUGCAUUCUGCGGGGAGCUACUUCGGAGCUAGCGCUGUCUGGGUCUGCUGAGGCCUCUAAAAGCUCUGCUGCUGCUGCAGUUGCUGCUGCUGCUGCUGCUGCGCAGCAGCAGCAGCAGGCGGUGUGGGGCCCCACACUGGGGGCCUCAGAUGACGCGGAAUUGGGAGAAAUAAAAAAAGGAAAAAAAGAAAAAGAAAUAAUUCAAUUCUGCGCCAGAGAGAAAGAGAACUCCUCGCGGCCCUCCAUAACUCUGCGGGACUUUGCAAAAGACCCUUUUGGGGAGCGGCGGAAGCUGUUGGAGUUUUUGGAAAAGAAAGUGUGGGGUGAUGGGAUCGCCUCCGAUCCCGAUCCCAGAGGCGAUCCCAGAGGCGAUCCCAGAGACGAUCCCAGAGACGAUCCCAAGGGUUUUUGGGCCUCCUAUGACUUCAGCCAGCAGUGCACAAUUAGGCCAAGUUCUUUGGCUGCAGCAGCAACUUGCGGGCGCAGCCGCAGCAGCAAAAUCGCAGCAGCAGAACAAGACUUGCUGCUGCUGCCCCCAGCAGGGGGCCCCCCAGCAACAGGGGCCCCUCCCGAGGGGGCCCCCCCUGUGGGGCCUUCUCCAGAUGAGGGGCAGCCAGAAGCGGCAGCAGCAGCAACUGCAGCAAACCCCCUGCAGCUGCAAGCAGCAGCGACACAGCAGCAGCAGCCGGUGCAGCAGCAGGUGCAGCAGCAGGCCGCAGAGCAGCAGCAGACAGCAGCAGCACCACCGGCGCAGCAAAAUGGCCCACUGUUCCUGUCCCCGCAGGCGUCUCAAGGGACCCUCCAGCAGCAGCAGCAGCAGCAACAGCAGGUGCAGCAGCAGGUGCAGCAGCAGGUGCAGCAGCAGGUGCAGCAGCAGGCUGUGCCAUCAGCGACAGAGCUGGAGCUGAAAGCCCUGCAGAACGCGUGGUUGCUGCUGCAGCAGCAGCAGCAACUGCUGCUGCGGCUGCAGCAGCAGCAGCAGCAGCAGCUAAUUCAGCCCAGAGUUGCUGCUCUCCGCAGAUAUGGCAUAACACCCUCUGUGGUCUUUGCUGCUGCUGGUGUGGGGCCCCACAAGCAGCUUCUGCAGGAGGGCCCCCUGCUGCAGUUGGGCUCUCGUUCUUGGGGGCCCCUGCCUGUGGGGCUGUCCCGGCAGCAGCAGCAGCAGCUGCUGCUGCAGCAGCAGCAGCGGCUGCUGCAGCAGCACCUGCAGCAGCAGCAGCUGCAGGCCAGGCGGCAAGCCAUAGAGCAGAUCUCCCAAAUCCGCGGCAGACUGGCGCUGCAGCAAGCAGCAGCAGCAACAACAGCAGCAGCAGCAGCGAACAAUAUGCAGCAAGCAGCAGCAGCAGCAAAUAUGCAACAAACAGCAGCAGAACUCUAA